CGUUGACAAAGCACAAAACAAGGAAAAUACGUUCCACAACGUUACAUAAACAAACACACAACGACGUCGUAACGAAUCUGCCACCGCACUUUCCAAAUUUAAAACCCCACCAACCACCGACCACCGCCUUCACAUACGACGGUUAAAUCUUUCCUCUUUCUCCAAAAUAUCUCCACAUUUCUCAAACCCAAUAGAUUUCCCUUUCAAAUAACCACCCAACAAAAAAGACCUAAUUUUUACACUUUUUGUGACCACCCAAUAGAUUUUUCAAUCUGGGUCGAACCCAUUUCGAAUUUUUUGUUAUGGUUUGAGAAAAAUGGAAGAAGAAAUUGAAGGUGUGAAUUGUUGUAGUGAAGGUAGAAGUAAUUGUAGUGAGAGUCGACCUCCUAAUCCUAAUAACCCACCAAUUUCUGCUGCAUAUCGUCAAUGUCAACGCACUGAUCCUCUCGUUAUUCCAUGCAGAAAAUCCCUUGUUCGCCACGCUUCUCUUCAAACGAAAACAAAGUUGUCUGAUGUAUCUGCUGAAGAUGUUACUGAAGAUAUUCAAUCUGAUUUCCUUCCAAAGCUUCGUUCUGGAGGAUACGCCGAUGUUGGAUUCCGGUCAUGUAUGGAAGAUGUGUAUGUUUGUGUUGACAACUUUAUGCAGGACCAUGAGCUCAAAAAACAUAUAGAUGAACCAAAUGCUUUCUAUGGGGUGUUCGAUGGACAUGGUGGAAAGCAUGCUGCUGACUUUGCUUGCAAUCAUUUGCCGAAGUUCAUUCUCGAGGAUAAAGAUUUCCCAGGGGAUAUUGAAAGGAUAGUUGCUUCAGCAUUUCUUCAAACAGACAAUGCAUUUGCAGAAGCUUGCUCUCUGGAUGCCGCCCUUGCAUCUGGCACCACUGCAUUGGCUACUCUUGUUAUAGGAAGGUUGCUGCUGGUGGCAAAUGCCGGAGAUUGCCGAGCAGUGCUGUGCCGACGUGGAAAAGCAAUUGAAAUGUCAAGAGAUCACAAACCAGUUUGCAUGAAAGAGAAGAGGCGUAUCGAGGCAUCUGGGGGGUAUGUCUACGAUGGAUAUCUUAACGGGCAACUUAACGUCGCUCGAGCUAUCGGUGACUGGCACAUGGAAGGAAUGAAAGGCAAAGAAGGUGGACCACUCAGUGCAGAGCCUGAACUCAUGACUACAAAACUUACUGCCGAGGACGAAUUUCUCAUCAUAGGUUGUGAUGGGAUUUGGGAUGUUUUUAGAAGCCAAAAUGCUGUAGAUUUUGCUCGGCGCAGGCUACAGGAGCACAACGACCCAACCGAGUGUAGUAAAGAUCUGGUUGAUGAGGCUUUGAAGAGAAAAAGUGGAGACAAUUUAGCUGCUGUGGUGGUUUGCUUCCAGCAGCAGCCUCCACCGAAUUUGGCAGCUCCGCGCUCUAGAGUGCACAGGAGUUUCUCUGCUGAAGGUUUGAAGGAGUUGCAAAGCUUUUUAGAUAGCUUGGGAAAAUGAGUUGGGGCACAAGUUUGUUUUGUUCUUUCUUGUUGUUUUUCUUUUUUGUACCACUUAUGAGAAUUAAGAUUCAUUUGUAAUUGUAGGUGUUAGGUGUAGUAGAAUGAGAGAGAACUUUCUGACUGUCAUAUGCGGCAUCUGACAUUUAAUUUACUGGUACUACUUGUUCUUUCUUAUUUCA